AUGCCUAUCGGUGACGCUGGUGAAGUCCAAGCUGUCGGCUUGGACCCCUCUCUCGUUGAUGCCUCUGGCGACCCCACGCGCAAGCAUCCCGAGCUCCACACUACUGCUGCGCCAGCCUUCCUUCACUCUGAGGGCAAGGCCACUCUCCAGGACAGCUACAUCGACGGCGCUGAUGACUUCCCCACUGAUGAGGAACUUGCCACGCUCCGUCGUGUGCCCGCAAGGAUCCCAUGGAAGAUCUUCACUAUUGCUUUCGUCGAGCUUGUUGAGCGUAUGAGUUACUACGGAACCAUUGCUGUAUACUCCAACUUCAUUGCCAAGCCGCUCACUACCCCCUCCGGAGCGGCCCUCAACCCUGAUGAUGCUGAGGCCCAGCCUGGUGCUCUCGACAUGGGCAAGCAGGUCGCCUUCUCUCUGACAACAUUCAACGCCUUCUGGGUCUAUGUCUGCCCUCUCCUUGGAGCCUGGAUUGCCGACACUUACCUCGGUCGCUUCAAGACUAUCCUCUACUCUGUCUUGGUCGCUGAAAUCGGUCACUUGAUUCUCGUCGCCUCCGCUGCUCCUUCUGUUUUGGCCAACUCGAACACUGCCCUUGGUGUUUUCAUUCUCGGGCUCAUCGUCAUGGGUCUCGGAACUGGAACUUUCAAGCCUAACAUCGCCCCUCUCAUUGCGGAGCAGGUUCCCCAGGAGAAGAUGCGUGUCGAGACUCGCGGCACCGAGCGUGUUAUUGUUGAUCCCGCCGUCACUGUCACCCGUAUCUAUAACUGGUUUUACUUCUUCAUCAACAUUGGUGCUCUUGUCGGUCAAAUCUCCAUGGUCUACGCUGAGCGUUACGUCGGUUUCUGGCUCGCCUACCUCAUCCCUACCGUCAUGUUCGUCAUCGCUAUUCCCGUCCUCAUCUUUUGCAAGAAGUUCUACAUCCUCCGUCCCCCGAGCGGUAAUGUCAUGGGUCCAGCUUUCAAGCUUCUUUUCAAGGCGCUUGGACGUGGAUUUAGCAUCAAUCCGGUCAAGACAUACAAGAACUGGAACGAUGGCAGCAUGUGGACCGCUGUUAAGCCUUCCGUUCUGGGUAGCGCCGCGCCAAAAUGGUACAACUUCGAUGACGCCUGGGUUGAUGAAGUUGCUCGUGGUUUCGGCGCCUGCUCAGUCUUCUUCUGGGUUCCUAUCUUCUGGCUUGCAUACCGUCAGAUGGACUCUAACUUGACCCAAAUGUGCGCGACCAUGCGCCUCGGCGGUGUUCCUAACGACAUUCUCUCCAACCUUGACCCCAUCGCCAUUAUCAUUAUUGUGCCUAUCAUGGACUCUCUCGUCUACCCCUUCCUUCGCAAGCGUGGUAUCCGCUUCACACCCAUCAAGAAGAUCACUGCUGGUUUCAUCCUCGGAGCCUUCGCUAUGGUCUGGGCUGCGGUUCUCCAACACUACAUCUACAAGACCUCCGGUUACUACCAGACUCACGACCCUGACUACAAGACUGACAUUUCCGUCUGGGCUGUCACUGGCGUCUAUGUCCUGAUUGCCAUUUCCGAGAUCUUUGCUUCCGUCACUACCCUCGAGUACGCUUUCACCAAGGCGCCCAAGAACAUGAGGUCGCUCGUCCAGUCUGUGCAGCUCUUCACCACUGCCUUCUCCGCCGCCCUUGCCCAGGCUUUCACUCCUCUUACCGCCGACCCCCACAUCACCUGGAACUACGGCAGUGUGGCCAUCAUCUCUUUCGUCACCGGUAUCGCUUUCCACUUCGCCUACCGCAAGAUGGACAAGCAGGAAGAUGCGCUCAACCUGCUGCCUACUGGUCAUCUCGGUACGGAGGAGCAGGCUGCUGAUGUCGAGAGGCGUCAGAGCAUCAACCAGGAAAGGCGUGCUAGCCUUACUCAAGAGAAAAUCUAA